GAAUCCUCCUCCACCAUACCUUCACCUACAGCUACCGUUCAACAUGUAACCAAAGCUUCCUCCGAUGAACUCCUUAGCAAGUUCGCCCAAAUGGCUACUCCCGAUCGUUCUUCCACUAAAUCAUUGCGUUUGUUGAAGCGACAAAAGAGAUCAGCUCAAUCAAUACCACCGCCCACCACUCGCCGUGAAAGCUCUGAGUUUAUCGGCGGAUUAGUUGUGGAAAGGAAGUCGCUUCUUCCUCCUGUUCGCAGAUCUUCCGGUGCGGAGGCUUUGGUUAGGCAACUAAGGGUUGGGAGAGCGAAUUUUAGGUCUAGGAAUUUCAAGAACAGAUCGUUUUUUGGAACGAUCGAGAAGACUUGGCGAAGAACUGUUGAUGGAGCAUCCAAGGUCUUCAUGGAGAAGCAGUAUUAUAACAGGCAUAAGCGCUUGCUAAGCGACACUACCUAGAUCUACUUCUAAACUGUAUUAUUUCUUGUGAGAUCUCACUCACAAGAUCUCACAAGAAACGGGUAGACAUUUUUUUUUUCUUUAAAAAAUAAUAAAGUUUUUGGCU